GUGGCCUCACAGACAACGUGGUCAUAUUACACAUGCUACAAAUAUCCCUGGGCUGACAUUACAGCCAGAACAUCAUAAAGCAUACGUUCUAACGGCCCGACCAGGAACACCCGGCAUUAUCUAAAGUAAUGGAUCAAGCCUUGGAUAUAGAGCGAUGUGAUUUGGAGAGUAGGAUCAACAAUACUACUCACCACACUGACCAGAAUGGGCUUGACCGGCUGAUAGUUAGAAGGGGCCUGCCCUUCACCAUCACUUUGCACCUCAGAUCUGGGAGUCAGUUCCAAGCAGGCGUCAGCACCUUCAGGCUCAUAGUAGAGAUAGGGCCCUUACCUAAAGAGCAAUCAGGCACAAAGUCUACCUUCAGCCUGACUGACUCUGCAUCAAAGACAGCCUGGAGUGCGUCCACUACUAGUCCCCCUGGGAAUGUAGUCUCUCUGUCUGUGUCCUCCCCUCCUGAUGUCCCCAUUGGACUGUACUCCUUGACCUUGGACCAGGGCCAGAAGGUCAAACUGGGGGAGUUUGUACUGCUGUUCAAUCCCUGGUGUGCCAAGGAUGCAGUAUACAUGGAGGAAGAGAGAGAUAGGCAGGAGUAUGUGUUAUCCCAGGCUGGUCUCAUCUACAAAGGCACAACAAAACGAAUCAAAGCUUCCCCAUGGACAUUUGGCCAGUUUGAGCCUGGGAUGCUGGACAUCUGUCUGAAACUCCUGGAUGAGAAUCCUAAAUACUCGUCUGAUGCCGAUGCAGACUGUUCUGGAAGGAGAAACCCAGUUUAUGUGACUAGGGUGAUCAGUGCCAUGAUCAACAGUAAUGAUGACAAAGGUGUGCUAGUGGGGAACUGGUCAGGUGACUAUGAUGAUGGUGUGAGACCCUCUCACUGGACAGACAGUGUUGCCAUACUACAUCAGUGGGCUGAUAACUGCUGCCAGAGGGUUCGCUAUGGCCAGUGUUGGGUGUUUGCUGCAGUAGCAUGCACAGUUUCUCGUGCUCUGGGUAUCCCGUGUCGAGUGGUUACUAACUUUGGAUCCGCUCAUGACACGAACAGCAACCUACUGAUUGAGUUCCUGUAUGAUGAGGAUGGAAAUGAUAUAUCUGAUGAUUCAGUAUGGAACUUCCACGUGUGGGUAGAUAAUUGGAUGGCUCGUCCUGAUCUUGAUGCAGGCUAUGAUGGCUGGCAAGCAAGUGACCCCACACCACAAGAAAAGAGUGAAGGAGUGUUCUGCUGUGGCCCUGUCCCUCUGAAAGCCAUUAAAGAGGGGGAACUAAACCUGAAGUACGACGCCCCGUUUGUGUUUGCUGAGGUCAACGCUGACGUGGUCGAGUAUGUGAAGCUGACCAAUGGCAGGAUGGUAAAGAUGGGGGGAUCGUCCAUUGAUGUGGGGCACUUUAUUAGCACCAAGGCUGUGGGCAGUGACGAGAGGCACGACAUCACACACCUAUACAAGCACCCUGAAGGUUCUUUGCAGGAGAGAGAGGUCUAUGAGAGAGCCAAGCAUCACAAUGAGCUCCAGCAGAAAGGAGAGGAACCAGGCCUGAAGGUGAAGAUCAAGGUGUCCCCUGACAUGGACAUUGGGGCGGAUUUUGAUGUGUUUGCAGUCGUCACAAACAACACAAAGGCUGACAAGACGUGUCGUGUUAUGUUUUAUGCCCGAAUUGUGUCCUAUGAUGGCAAACCAGGUGCCAAUUGUGGAUUUAUUGAAGACUUAACCAUGGAGGUUCCCACUGGAAAAGAGAAGCGCCUUCCCCUAAGACUGGAGUAUGUUGACUAUGGUGACACCAUAACGUCAGAUAGGCUGAUUCAAUUGGUUCUCAUUGUCAUCGAAUCAAGUCCCAGGGAAUUCCACAAGGCAAAGAGGACCAUUGUGCUGGAGAACCCAGAUAUAGCCAUUAAGCUCUUGGGAGAACCCAGAGUAAACCAGAAGCUGUCUGCACAAAUCUCACUACAGAACCCUCUACCAGAACCCCUGCAGAACUGCUUCUUCAGUGUGAUGGGAGCCGGCCUCACAGAUGGAAAAAUCCUCAUACAGAAUGUUGGAACUGUGGGUCCAAAACAAGAGGCCAAGUACACAGUGGAAUUCACACCUACUAGCAUCAGGUCCAGGACCCUAACGGUAGACUUCGACAGUGACAAGCUGAGCAACAUCAAGGGAUACUUGAACAUUGAGAUAAAGGAAUGAAUAAUAUAACGGCCAACGACACUAAUGGCAUUAUUUUUUUUAAAUAGAUUUGCCACAUUUCAAUUGCACUUCCUUGCAGUAUUUGAUGACAUCUGUACAUUUGCUGCUGUAGCACUUAGAUGAGCAUUUCUAAUUAUUCCAGAAAUACAAAUAUUCUAUUUGUUUCACAGAAAUGUGAAUAACCUUUUUACAUAAUUUGUAAAUGCUGUGAAAGUCCAUUGUUUUACAUCAGAUAGCACAACAAAUCUGUCUGCACUGAAUCAGAGACAAGUGUUGUGUAGAAGUAAAGCCACCUGUCAGAAGACAUUGGUAAAAAUAUAAACAGACUCAGUGUAUUAAUGUCACAUUAGUCAGAGUAUAAACCAGUCUGGACAGCUUUUCUUUUCCAAUUGUUCAAUUUUAUUUGUAUC